GCUGCCGCCAUGCUCCGCCCGCUGCUGCUGCUCGCCGGCUGUCUGGCGCCGAUCGUCGCCUUCCCGAACGGCGCGCCGACAGAGGCCUGUCUGCGCGGCAUGGUGCCGAACCAUGGCGGACAGCGCACUCAGGACCUGCGCUCCAUGCCGUUCAGCGUCACCCGACAGUCGUACCAGGGCGGCGUCAGAGUGACCAUCAAGGCGCCGGGCAAGAACUACUUCAAGGGCUUCAUGGUGCAGGCGCGCGAUCCGUCUACGGGUAAGGCUGCCACGGGGCAGGGGAGCUGGCAGCCAGUCGACAACGUCAACCUGAUGAACGAGUGCGCCGCGCUCACCCACGCCGACCGCAGCGAGAAGGAAAGCGUCUCCGUUACCUGGACCGGACGCCAAGACGUCACCAUGCAUGCGACGGUGCUGCAGGCGUACAACCGGUUCUGGGCGGACGUGCCGGUGCUGGACGCUGGUGGCGGCGGGCAGACUGCAGCAGCCUCGCCGCUGCAGCAGAGCUUCGCAGCCCUCCAGCCGGGCGUGGUGACCAACCGACCCGCCAAUUCCCCACAGUUCGGUCCCGUCGUGGAUCAGAGCCGUUUCGAUCCGCAGCGUUACUUCCUGCAGUAGGACGUCGGGUAAUAAAGGCCAGUAGUGACCAGGCAGAAGCAAAUUUCGCCCAGAUGUGGCGAGAAGGUUGAGGUGUAAAAUGUCAAGACGGUGUUCGUCCGGCCUCUGCUAAACGUGCAUGCAUUAGUGUCAAACUAGUUAUCUACUGUUUUUGAAAGCUGCUGUUGUGAUAAUAUUGGGAAGUGGAUAUCGAUCUGAAUAUGUUGAAGUUGAAUAAAGCGGGACUUUACGUUAAACAGUUGCAUUGAGACAGCUACUAAAAAAUGUUGUAUGUAAGCUGAAAGCUGCGACGAUGCUGUAUUACUGCGCGAUCUAGAAGAGAGUGCAUCUCACAUGUCCGACACGGCCAACGGCACUGAUUUUCUAUCUCGUAAGACUGGAACUCUGAAGGUAUUAUUAAGGUUGAACACAGACGGGAAAUUUGAAGACAGUUGGCUUGAUGAUCUCUGAAGUAAUCAGUACUGUAGUUUGUGUGGUUCGGUGCGCCUUGAUUGUCAAAAAAACGUCGUCACCGUUACGAUGCGUAUAUUUACCACCAGAUCUGUUAUGUUUUGCAUCUGAUACAAAAUGCACUUAUUGCCUCAAUGAAUAUGACAACAAUAUCUAUUCACGGGAUAAAAGAGGUCUAGACAAUAGCGCCAACAACAAACAAUCGAGUAUUGGAUUGGUGUGAGAGUCGCGGUCAAGCUGACAAGAUUCUGACAAAGAUGGCGACUUUCAUCAGUUCGACAACGCCCGGCAGACAAACAACGCCCUAAAUGUAACGAAAACGCCGAUUUUGCGCCGUGCAAAUCACACGCGCACACUACGAACAAAAACACAAACCUCAACACAAUAUGCGUAUCGUAAAGAUGUAUAGCUACACAAAUAUCUCUAUAUACAAAUAUAGGACGAUGGAAAACUCCAUAAAAACUACACGCUCACUCCGAAUUUUGAAUUUGCUCCUCCAUGCGCACCUUAUCCUACGUAAGAUUAUACUAAACAAAGCACUGGUGCACUCACCAUAUCGAACAACGUUGGCACAUACACCGAAGACAACAAUAUAUCUCAACCGGUACAUCCGCGUAACCCCAUGCACCGGCCCGGUGGCUCGCUGAUAACUACAGCUUCCACCAACGAAUCACAGGUGGCGGUGAGAACAGCGGCUGUGGUAGCACGCGAAUAUCAUGCCUUUUGUACCAUCGCCAACAAGUGAUAUGAAAGCGAAGAUAUGUGAGGGUUGUUUAAAUCACGCUUGGCCAGAUAUAUUGCCUGAUGUGAUUGUCCGCUGAUAUAAAAUAUUGAUAGAGAGCAUGAUAUUAGAAUUGGGUGUAGCCAUAGCGCGACACUCCACCGCUCCUAUUCAUGCACACCCUCGAACAAAUAGCCCGCAGUAACAGCAAACAAGGCCGGCCGACACCGACCGGCGCAGCGCAGCGCCGGCUAUGUACACGCGCGGCCGCCACUCGCCGUCCCUCCCCCUGCUCUGGUAGCAUGACCUUACGUCGGACGGGGCUGGCGGGUAAGCGGGUCUGGGUGAAGGCAUCGGUGAGGACUGGCUCUCGGACGCCGCGCACAGGCCGCCGCCCGUCGAGAGGUCAGGGGAGGGCAGGGUGCGCCGCCGGCGACACGUGGAGCGUGCCCGGGCCGGCGGGGAGGGUCGGAGGCCGGGGCUCCGGUCUGGUGAGCGAGGCGGAGAUUGAGCGACAAUCUGAGCACGAAACUCCUAACGCUAGCCAUCACCUACCUAGCAAGUGUAUAUGUAAUCGAUAAAUACUGCUAUUGCACAGAGAUUGCACACAUCGAAUACGACUACUAGAGGCCAAAGUCGACCCUCAACCCACCGUCUUUCUGUGCAUACAUUUACAUCGAUCUCCGUUUCCAUGAGACCUUCACUGACCUCAAAUCCUAUUGCUGCAUUCCUUAAGUCAAUUUACGCGGACAACCUUUCGGGUUCCGCUCGCCCCAAAUGGCCGCGCCGCGCUGACGGCGUACCUUUUCUGAACAGCACGUCGUCCGUCGCUCGUCCGCGCAGGCACCAGGGAGGUGAGAUCGCUUCUCCGCCGCACUGAUUGAAAGGACUCAUUGAGCAGCACUCAGGAAGACAGAACCACCUUGUUUGUUCGAGAAAGACUAGGUUAAGCUAGGUCGUCGGGGCGGGCCACGCCGAGGAGCCGCACGCAUCCGUGCGCUACAAACACGCGAGAUAUGGGGCGGUGGGACCCAGCGGUGACGAGGAGGGCGGUCGUGGGCGCCGGCGCCUAUCCUGAGGCCACCGACCGCCCGACCGAGCAGCUGAUGCGGCCACCCCACGCGGUGUCACGUGUGUCGAUGAUACGACACCGCCGGGCAAGGGGCGGGCGGCGACAUCUCCGGCUGCUCAGACAGCGCCCAGAGUCACGUCCGCUCUCUACGGGUGAGCGCGGGAGCAACCUCCGGUGAGGAGCUGUAUGUCAGGUCACGGGUCACUGGCCCCACCGCGCGAAAAGGCCGGCCAACUGUAUCCACCCCGAGAGACAAAGAGAGACGGGGAUGAGACCUGGCCCAUCCGGUCCGUCAGUGGGCAGUCCUCCGGCCGCAGUCACGUUACGUUGAACCAUGACUGCCCAGUGGUCCUGGCAUGGAAAGGGCCGCUCUGGACAGGGCAGGACAAACAGCGACACGCAUCAGGGACGCCCCGUCCGCGCCGCUGCCAAAGACAACGCGGCCCAAGACGUCGCCGCGGCCGAGCGCUGGCCCCGAGCGGAGUGGACACCAUGAGGUCACGCCCGACCCUUGGACCGGUGACAGCGGCUCGGGACGGGUGACGCGCCGACGCUGGCAGUCCCUGCCAGCCACGCGG